AUGGAAAAAGAAACGCCGAGAACGACAAAGCGAAGGGAUAUCGCAUCGAAAAGACAGAAAUACUUUCAGCAGCAGGAGCAAGUCAGACAGAUUCCACCGCACUCGCCUGACUCGCUUCAGAACAAUCCUACACGAGAAAGUAUUCAAGUGGAACCAGAACAUGCGGAUGAACUAAACACAAGUAGAACAUACACCAUCGAAUCUAUCAGCGAUCGAGAACAACGAGAAAGAGAAGCCUUCGAAUCCUCCCUCAACGACCGAAUGUCACGUCUGCGAUCGUGCACUCCCGUAGACCAUCUGGCAGCAGAUUCGAAAGCGGAAGAAGCUGCGUCCUCUGAUAGUGACGAUCUCGUACUGUUAACACAUCGGCCAGAGGAAAAUGUGGGAUUGAAUCGAGUGGAAUCGAACCCCGCGAUCCCGGAGGAUCCUGCUGAUGAUUGUGCAGACUCGCCAAGGUCCUUCGCAAAUGUAAAUGAUGUUGAGGAAUUGGUACAAGAAGAACUGACCAAUAGCACGCCGCAGUCGCCCGAGAUAGUGGAAUCCAGCCUGGGCGCUCAAAAUGAAGCUGAAGAGGAAAAAAGAGACGAUUCAACGAUUGCCGAUAAAGAAAAUGGUGCUGCUGACGAAAGUCAACAAUUGAGUGACCUCUCAAAGGAAAAUAGUGAAGUCAUUGAUGAAAUUGAAGAACAAUCGACAAAAUGUUCAACACCCAGACCUAAAACCGCUUCUCCUUCAUCAGAAUCUAUUGAUCAGCUUGAUCAACCCCAAGUUACUUCAUCACCUGCUCCUGAUGGAAGCCCUAGAGCGCAAGAUGACAAGGAAAAUGAUGUCGACGAACAAAUUUCCCUGGAAAAUAUCAUCAUUGAACACAAAAGCGAGCCCACUGAAGCGAUCUUUGAAGAGGAAGAAGAAGAAACAAUAGACAAAACUGAUGAUAACGUAUUGAAGAGCUCGUCUUCCGUUCUGCUGGAUGAAGAUCCGCCAGUUGCUGUGAGUAUGCCGGCUGCAGAAGCUUUCAUUGCACCGAGAUUGAUGAGUGGCUCUUAUAAAGACCAAAGUGAAGCACAGGAUAGUCCUAGAUCAUUUGCUACAGUUGACGAUGUCGAAGAUCUUUUCAACAAGAAGGAAGUCACUGAAGAACCAGCCGAAAACAACACCCCACGAGCUUCGGUCUCAUCCGCUCGUGACUCGCCCAAGGCGACUCAGAUUAAUGGAGAAGUACAGUCUGAUGUCCUCUCAAGUCGACCAAUCAGUCAGGCAUCCAUCAAAAACUACCGUGAACUUGUCUCGGCGCGUGAACAAACUGAAAACUCCCUCGCUCCAGUUCAACAGCCUCAAAGUCUCUCUUUCCUCUCACCUACUUCCUCGAUAUCUUUAAAUAUCGAAAAUAAUUUUGAUGACACAAUUCAAAAAUCCUCCUCCUCGUCUUCCUCCUCGUCGUCUUCAUCUUCGAAGUCUUCACGAAAAUCAUCAAACUUGUCUUCAGUUAAAUCUGGGUCAUAUCACCUCUCAAAUCCUGAAAAUGAAGCUGGCGAGGAGCUUUCAGAACGCGCUGAAACACUAUCCCUACGCGACUUAGCGCCAAAUAGCCCUAUUAUGUUCACCAUGCCUUCAAAGACACACCCAGAAGACGAAAUGGACGAAAACUUACGGGCGAUUUUGGAAAAGAGCAAUUCAAUUCUGAAGCAGUCACAUCUGCUCGUAAACGAAGCACAGGUGAAGCUGACUGAAGAGUUCAAGAAAGAGACGCCUAGGGGACCGAAACAAGUUCCUGUUUUAUACGGAAAAAGAAAAGAAUCUGACUUGCUGGAGUCGCAUCGAGGCAACUUUUCGAGGCAUUGGGAGCACGCCGCCCCAUUAUCAUGGGAGCACGAGGAGACGAAGCUACGUCGGCCUAGAUACAAGGGAAAAGUCAAGCCAAAUUACAUAUUCGAUAUCUAG